AUGAAGUUGCUUCUAGCAGUCACUAUCAUUGCUUGUGCGUCUGCAACCCAAUGGGUGCCAAUAGCUACCCCUCCAGAUGGCUUUGCUAUGGGUCCAACAACCACCAAUUAUACUCUUGAAGUAUUCUAUGAUCAUCUUUGUUCAGAUUCUGCAGCAGCAUGGCCAGGACUUUUCCAAUAUUGGCAGCAAAAUAAAGAUUGGCUACAGCUGGUCAUUCACAUCCACCCUCUCCCAUACCAUUAUUAUGCCUUUAUUGUUGGUGUAGCAGGAAGAUUUAUGAUAUGUUAAUAUUUUUGCUUGAUAAAAUGUCUCUAUAUAGAUUUUACCUUGAAAAUAAGCCGUUAACAGCUAAAAAAUUUUUUUUUAUAAAAAAUUUCAACAUAAUAAAGUAUUUUCAGAUAAAUUAUUCAUAGAAAAUCAACAAAACCGAUUUAUUCAACUAAACUACCCACAAAACUUCACUGAUUUUGUAACCUGGAUGUUUGUCCACCAAGACAAGUACCUUGACACUGCCCUCUACUGGAACCUUGCCACAAUUAAAAGCAACCUCGCUACAGAUACCCAAACCGCCACAGGUGCUCCAUUUGGUCAAGUUGCCAACGCCUUAAACAACAAUGCUUACUAUUACGAUCUUGGAGUCUCAACCACUUAUGCAUUCACAAGAGGUAUCACUGGAACUCCUCAGUACUUAAUCAAUGGAAUUUGGUCCCCUGACGCAACAACCUGUGAAACUCCUGGUGACUGGACCAACCUUUUCCAAGCCAUUAAAAGUUAA